AUGGAGUGCCGAGCAGCAGCCCUGGUUCUUCUCGUCCUGUGUGCCUUCAUCUUCACAUUCAGCGAAGGAUACAUCCCAAACUGCUGUCUGAACACUUCGAAAAGAAUUUCCUAUAGGGUAUCGAAGAGAAUUACACGAUAUGAUGUUCAGACAGAUACUGGAUCUUGUGAUAUAAAGGCACUGAUCUUGCAUGUGGGCAAGGAAAGACUCUGCAUCGACCCGCAACUGGAAAAAAAGGUGCAACGAAUAUUAAAGUACAACAAAAAACGUGAAAGACUGCAGAGAAUGCAUGGAGGGAUGCAGGAUGAAUAAAGAUGGGAUGAAGAUGAUGAGAUGUGUUUAUAUCCAGCGUAUCAGCUUUUUAAAAUUUGUUUCUGAAUAGCAUGCUGUCU